AUUCAUUCACAUCUCAUUUUCGAACAUUGGGAACACGAGCCAAGCGAAUCCUUGUUGUCGUAUUUUCCAAUGGCCCGAACCAAGCAGACUGCGAGGAAAUCAACCGGAGGGAAGGCUCCGAGGAAGCAACUGGCCACCAAGGCGGCUAGGAAAUCGGCGCCGGCGACCGGAGGGGUCAAGAAGCCGCACAGGUUCAGGCCGGGGACGGUGGCGUUGAGGGAGAUCCGCAAGUACCAGAAGAGCACGGAGCUUCUUAUCCGGAAGCUUCCGUUUCAGAGAUUGGUGAGAGAAAUUGCGCAAGAUUUCAAGACUGACCUUCGCUUCCAGAGUAGCGCCGUCGCGGCGCUUCAGGAGGCGGCCGAGGCUUACCUUGUCGGUCUCUUCGAGGAUACCAAUCUCUGCGCCAUUCACGCCAAGAGGGUCACUAUUAUGCCUAAGGACAUCCAGCUCGCCAGAAGAAUUAGGGGUGAGAGGGCUUAGGUUUAGGAGUCCGUCGAAUUUGCAUCUAGUUUUAGAGAUCUAUAUAUUACAGCACCAAUCAUGUUCAAGAAGAUCGAGUUCUUAUCCUCGUUUGCAACCUGUUUGAUGAAAUGACUCUGUAAAAUUUCCCUAAAUUUAAUGGCUAAUUGAAUUUAGUAUCAAA